AUGAUCGAUCCCGCGGAUCCAAGAGGGAACUUCACCAAGAUCUCCUAUCCAGAACUUGACAAAUAUUCUGCCAGAAUGGGUGACCGUCGGCUUCUCGGCAACCACCGGGUUGAGCUUCGUGUUGCAGACUCUCCUUUUACUUGGUUUGGUCACAGGACAAAGAGAAAGUCAAAUGACAGAAUUGGAGAAGAGGAUGAUGUCCGGUCAAUUGACGAAGAAUUUGACCAAGUGACAGGGCCUAAGAAGUUCUCCUACAAGGACUUGGUCGCGGCGACUGAUGACUUUGCAGAUUCGCUGUUGCUUGGGAAAGGGGGGUCGGGAAGAGUAUAUGAAGGCUGCUUGAUUGGCAUGAAUGCUAAUGUCGCGAUCAAGAAGAUGACUCCAGAGUCAAGACACGGGAUGAAGGAGUACGCGACCAAAGUGAAGACCAUAAGACGACUCAGGCACAGGAACUUAGUCCAACUCGUCGGAUGGUGUCAUGAGGAAAAGGGACUCCUCAUCUAUGAAUUCAUGUCUAACGGUAGCUUAGACUGUCAUUUAUUCAAGGACCGGACCUUUUUGAUGAGGGAAAAGCGGUAUGGAAUCGAGCAGGGCAUAGCCUCAGCAUUGCUAUACCUCCACGAAGAAUGGGAACAAUGUUCAAAUGGCCACGGCCCUCGAAGUCGUGAACAAAAGCACAUAUAUUGA